CUUCAGCCUUUUUCCUGCAAGAAUCCCAGAUAGAGCGCGGUUCUACGGGCUGGAGACGGUGCCUUGGAGGCCUGAGCGAGCCAUGACGAGCAGCGCGAGCGACGCACCCGUGACCAAGUCCGAGUCCCUUCCGAUGAGCGACGAAUCGCUGUCAGCAGCAGCAGCAGCAGCAGCAGCACAAGCGUCGCCCAGCAGCCGGCUGGUCAACGAACCGGCAGCUGGCCGCGGGGGACACGAAGGGGAUCCGGAGCAGCCCAGCGAUGCGUCCGUCUCCAAGGAGGAGAUGGAGCGGUACAUUAAGAUUUCGCGUGACCUGAAGCUGCGCCGCGGCUCUCUAAUGCCUCCGGGUGGCACGUCCGGAAGCAAAGUGGUGACAACGCCUAUGCCACUGUGUACCGGUCUCAAGAAGAAGGCCAGCUUAACCAUGGAGACACGCGUCGAGCUCUACGGCAAGGGACGCGUCAAGCUCUCCUUUGACGGCGUUUCAGAAGAGGCCCACAGCGUGCAGCAACAGCCCCCACUCCACCAGGACGAGUCGGUGACCAGCCUGGUGCGCCGGGGCGGCCCUUCGACGGCCAUCACACCCCGCAGGCUCAGCCUAGAAGACCGUGCACCGCCGCCGACGCCCGCGCCGUCGUUGGCGUCGCUGCAUAAGCGGACCAAGUCCAUGGACUUCGGCACCAUCCCGCUUAAGGACGACGACCAUCCGGAGCCGUCGAACCCGGUCUAACCUGCAUGUUUUCACGAGUGCUUGCCGUACAAGCAUAAGCAGCCAGUAUAUUACCAAGGCUUGUUCAAAUUCAUCUUCACAAGGCCCGUUCGUUUUGGCAGCAUUUUACCUACAGGUGAACGAACUGGA